UCUAACAUUGUUUCAGACAAAGCACCGUAUCGGUGGUAAAGCGUGAACAUCGAGCACAAUAGUAUCGCUAUGAUGGCGGUUGGCAGCGCGUGAUAUCACAAUCGACAUGUGGAAGUUGGUGCUGUUAGCCCUGGUGGUGGCGGGCGACGCCCUGCUCGAAGGACCAAAUGUUUGCACGAGGCAGGAGGCAUACACGACAACAAUCAGAGUGUCAGAACAGCAGCCGUACCAAGUGAAGGAGUACGCGUGGUGCCUCAGUGUGCCGCCAAGAUGCUCGAAGUACAAGGUCAAGUUCCGGCAGGUGUACAAGACUCAGACCCUGGUGAAGCAGAGGCCGGUGGAGGAAUGUUGCAAGGGAUACGCGCCGGACGCGCGCGGCGAGCAGUGCGUGCCCGUGUGCGUGGAGCAGUGCGUGCGCGGCAAGUGCGUCGCGCCGGACACGUGCGCGUGCGAGCACGGCUACGGCGGGCCCGCGUGUGAUAUAUCGUGCCCCAGCGGCAAGUGGGGCAGGAACUGCCAGAACUCGUGCCGCUGCAUGAACGGCGGCACGUGCGAGCCGCUGACCGGCGAGUGCGCGUGCGCGGGCGGGUGGCGCGGCGACGCAUGCGAGCGGCCCUGCGAGCGCGGCACCUUCGGCGACGCGUGCCGCCAGCGGUGCCAGUGCGCCAACAAUGCCACGUGCGACGCCGCGAGCGGCAAGUGCGAGUGCCAGCCCGGCUACACGGGCGCUUUAUGCGAAGAGGAAUGCCCAAAGGACCAGCCAUGCCCGGAAAGGUGUAAAUGCCAGAACAACGGCGCGUGCAAUAUCGCCACUGGAGAGUGCGAGUGCACGCCCGGCUGGACGGGCGAAGUGUGUGCGAAUACAUGUCCGUCCGGUUUGUGGGGCCAUAACUGUUCGCGCACGUGCGAAUGCGCGAACGGUGCGAGCUGCCACCAUGUCACUGGCCAGUGCCAGUGCGAAGCGGGCUUUACCGGCGAUAAGUGCCUGGACAUCUGCCCGGCGGGCACGUUCGGCGCGGGGUGCGCGGGGCGCUGCGCGUGCCGGCACGGCGGCGCGUGCGAGCCGCGCGCGGGCGCGUGCGCGUGCCGGCCGGGCUGGGCGGGCGCGGCGUGCGAGCGGCGCGCCUGCCCCGACGGCCGCUGGGGCCCGCGCUGCGACCGCGACUGCGAGUGCAACCCGCACACCACCGAGCUGUGCGACCCGUGGUCGGGCGCGUGCGCGUGCGCGGCGGGGUGGGCGGGCGACGCGUGCGACCGCCAGUGCCCGCUGCUCACCUACGGCAAGGGCUGCCGCGGCGUGUGCCGCUGCGAGAACAGCGCGCACUGCUCGCCCGUCAACGGCUCGUGUCUCUGCGCGCCCGGGUACCGCGGCGUGCACUGCGCGGAGGCGUGCCCGCAGCCGCUGUACGGCGACAACUGCGCAGACUCGUGCGACUGCCGCAACAACGCCACGUGCUCGCACGAGACCGGCGAGUGCCGCUGCCCGCCCGGUUUUGACGGCCUAAAGUGUGAUCGUCCUUGCGAUGGAAAGACAUUCGGGCUGGGCUGUCGGCAGCCCUGCGACUGCGAGAAUGAUGCACCCUGCAACCCUGUUACUGGCGAGUGCGUGUGCGGCCCCGGGUACACGGGCCCGCGCUGCGCGGCGCGCUGCCCGCCCGGCACGUACGGCGCCAACUGCUCGCUCGCCUGCGACUGCGCCGCGCACGCGCUCGCCUGCCACCACGUCACCGGCCGCUGCCUCUGCGACACCAGCUGGAGAGGUCUAGCUAGGAAAAUGGGACUGGGAGUCCGGUGCGAGACGCAGUGCCCGCCGGGGCUGUACGGCGAGGGCUGCGCGUCGGCGUGCGCGUGCGCCAACAACUCGUCGUGCGAGGCGGCCAGCGGGCGCUGCGUGUGCGCGGCCGGCUGGCGCGGCGCCGCCUGCGACCUGCCCUGCGAGCCCGGCCGCUACGGGGCCGCCUGCGCGCAGCUCUGCCCCAAGCACGUCAACGGCAACACAACGUGCGACCCAGUCACGGGCAAGUCGGUGUGCCCGAGCGGGUACACGGGCGUGACGUGCGAGUACCCGUGCCCGCUCGGCACGUACGGCCCGAACUGCGAGGGCCGCUGCGACUGCCGGAACGGCGCUGAUUGUCAUCACGUGACAGGCGAGUGCCAGUGCCUGCCCGGGUGGCAGGGCGCGCGCUGCGCGGCGGCGUGCGGCGCGGGGCAGUGGGGCGCGGGCUGCUCGCAGCCGUGCCGCUGCGCGCGCGGCGCCGCCUGCCGCCCCAACGACGGCUACUGCCGCUGCCCGCCCGGCUUCACCGGCACCUACUGCACGCAGUUUUGCCCUGAGGGCUACUUCGGCGACCACUGCAUGGAGGCGUGCAACUGUUCGAGCAGCGGGCACUGGACGUGCGACCCGGUGCGCGGCUGCGUGUGCGCGCGCGGCUACAUCGGCGACGCCUGCGAGCUGCACGCCAGCGACGCCAUCACCGUCGCGCAGACCGAGGGCACGAGCCGCGGCGCGGUGGCGGGCAUGGUGGUGGUGUCGGGCGCGUGCGUGUGCGUGGCGGCGCUGCUGCUGCUGCACUACCGGCGCCGCGUGCGCCUGCUCAAGCGCGAGAUCGCGCACGUGCACUACUCCGCCACGCCGCCGCCCGACCAACAGCACUUCGACAACCCGGUAUACUCGUUCCAGAGCUCCAACCGAAGCGACGACUCAAGCACACUGCUGAAUAACGCACCACAGAUUAUAAACAACCUGGCCACGCCCAAACUGUCCAAUACGGCCAUGGAGAAGCUCAGGAUGACUGCCACUGGCUCUAAUGGAUCAUACGACCCGAUGUCCCUAAAGAACAAAGACGCGGACGCGACGAACCCCAACCUGUACCACUGUAUCGAUGACGACAACAAGUUGGAUCACGUUUACGACGAAAUCAAACACAAGGAGGGAUACGAAAUGGAGUACGACCACCUGAACUACACGCCUCCAGCUAACACGUGGAAGGCGCACUAUCAGCGGAUGAACGACACGCUACCAUCCAUACACAAGGCCGUCCAACCAGACUCGCCGACCACCUCCGAGCCCACACAGACACCCCCCAUCCCCCCCCUGCCCAAGGUAUCAGGAUCAUUUUACGAUGAACUCCAAGGCGCGAUGCAUUCAGUCCAACAUGGCUUCGGAAAGUUACUCAGUGACGUUGUAUACGACGUCACAGACACGGUACAUUGUACUAUAUCUGCGGUGGAACACGUGCUUACGCUCAACGGUUUGAUAAAAACCAAGUCGAUGUAUGGUCAUAGAUGUCGGGACGGACCUCUUCCCCCGAUAGAAACGCGAGAUGACGACCCCUUAGAAAAUUUCCUUCGAACCAGAGAUGCACUCGAGGAACAAUCAUUCGGAGAAGCGGCACCAAACCUACUACAUACUUCAAUAGAAAGAGUGAAUAGAACAUUGUCCCACGCUUUAGACAAUCGAGAGAGUCAACGGAAAAUAGAUAGUAUAUCAAAGGUUUUAAAGGACGAAACUGAACAGUUGACCAAAGUGAGCAACAUAUUGCGGCAAGAAUUGAACAGCAUAUCACAGAACGUCAAUACCGAAUUAAAUAAUUUGGAAUCAUCUGUGUGGACAGAAAGACGGACUGAAAGUAAGAAUUCUAAGCCUAAAAAUAAUAAGCCAGAACAGUCAGUUCCUGUUGAUAAAACAGACGAAGAAAAUGACGAAAACAACGGAGGAAAUCAAGCAUCCGACACAUAUAAUGAAGCUAAACAAGAAUUUGAGCAUUUUAGAGACCAGCAAACUGAUUCCAAUGACUUUCCUACAAAUUUUAGGGAUGUAGCAAGGAAUAUUCGAGGCAAAAGUUACGAAGAUUCCACACCGAAGAAUACAGCAAUGGGAUCAGUUUUUGAUGUCGACAACGGCAAUUUUGAUCAGUUUUCACCAUUUUUUGAUCCAGGAACUAGCAGUAAAGGGAACCAUAAGCGGCUUUUACAGCACGCGGCUAGUAUUAUAGAAGACAGCCAACGGAACGAACAAAUUAUGAAUAAAGUAUUCAAGGAAUCUCAUACAGCAGCGGACAUAUUCAAUGUAAAUCCCGAAAUAUUCAAUUUCUGA